AUGUACGCUCAGGUCUGUGAGGUGGUUGGAUGCGCAACUGUGUCCACAAAUUCCAACCUUGUCGCUGCUGAUAAGCAUUGUAGGCCCAGUGAUCAUAGGCAAGCUCGCCGAGCCAGGUGGCGACUUCACGAGGAUCGGAAAGACGAAUCACUGGGCACGCGUACACAAAGGCCAAGUGGCGGGGGUUGCGUGCAAACAGCCACCUUGAAAAUAGAGAAGGGCAAAGAAGAGCGCAAAGAGGGCAAGCACGGCGCCGAGCGCGCCAAGGGUUUGCUUGAGGAUGGUCUAGGCCGCAUGGUUUCAGGUCUGCAUGGCCCCGUCAAGGCGCGAGUUGCGACACAACAGCAGCCGUCUGUCAGGCCGGUGGUGCCCGACAGACCAACACCUCCUACACCGAUACAAGACGAUGAGGCAUCAGCGGGCCAAGCGGAAACGAAUGCAAGCAGCACUGGACCAAACGUAGCAGCGUCAACCGGAAGCAAGAAGGCAGUAGCAAGAGGCAAGGAGGCAGGAGGCAAGGAGGCAGGAGAAGGCUGGGGGAGACACUGGCCCACCUGGCUGGCUGUCGACCCCACGGCUGCUUUCCUCGGCUUCUCCUUGCUCUUCACCACCGAAGCCCCCGCCGCCGGAUAUCUGGACAUGGACAUUGACUACUCGGGCCUCUCUUCAGUCGUCCUCCUUCCCGAAGUCGUGCCCGUUGUAGCCUACUACGACGCCCACCUUGCUGCUUGGCUGACAGUCCCCGGUCAAACUGCCAAUUUGGCCACCAAAAUCAUCACCUUUGACCUCAACGUGUCCCGCCAGUAUGCCCUCUUCAGUACACCCUUCAUUCCCGAGCCGCCCACCACCACCACAAUCACCCCCACCACCACCACCAAUCCAACUGACGCCGUGGAUCUUGCCUCCCUCGUUGGGCCCAUCAGUGAUAAUGCCACUUCGGCUAUAUCUGCCAUCGGCGGUGGCACGCUCUCCAACGAUGCUCUCGUCCACCUGGAAGCGCUUCUCAACAACCUCCUCGAUAGCGUGCCCAGUAAUGGCACGCUCAACGUUGCUACAGAUGGUCUAUUCAUCCAGGCCAUGCGCCGUGAUGCUGCAGCCGUUGGUAACCUGCUUGCCGACGCCAGCCAAGCCAACGGCACCGCCGGCCCCUCAGCCCAGUUGCCCACCGACAUGGGUACCACCCUCGCCGAGCUUGGUGUUGCUGGCGACGUCAACUUUGUCCUCGCCGCUUUUUAUGGCACCGACGCCAACACCUCGAAUACGAUCGAAGUCAGCCUGCGGCAAAGCACCGGCCCCGGUACCGGUGAAGCCCUGACCAUCCGUGAUCUUCCUUCCAACAUUCAGCUUGUCUUUUACGUGACUCUCGACAGCGCCACUCUCAACGAGACGGCCUGUCGUUUCUGGAACACGAGCAAGCCCGUCGGCAACUGUGACCCUGCUCAAGCUGGGUGCCUUGGCGCCUGGGACGACACCGGUAUCACUCUUGAGACUCUGGAGCGCAUCGACAACACAAGCAAUCUCUAUCGCGUCGUCGUCUCGACCAACCACAUGACCGCUUUCUCCGUUGGCAUUGAUUUCACCAUCGAAGCUCCCGACGUCAGCCUAAGCAACUUUGACCCCACCAAUGCCAUCUACAUCUGGAUCCUCUGGGCCAGCUUCUAUGCUUUCUGCGCCUUUAUCUAUCUGGUAUCCUUCCUGGAGCGUCGCGCCUAUGACCACUACCGCGCCGCCGUUGAUCUGGGGCUGGCUGAGGAAAGUGCCCCACCCAAGUCGGAUGCCCUGCUUGAUGUCGAACUUGCUGAAAAACCCUUCCUGGUCGGCUGCACGCACCGCUUUUUCCACAUGUUCAAAGUCAAGCAUCAGUGGGUUUCCCUCCUUUGGCCGUCCACACGCCGCGUUUAUCCCAAGCGCCACAUCAAAGUCACGGCCUUUAUGGCUACCAUCUCCAUGGCCUUUGGCAUGAUGGCCAUCUUCAAUUACACGGAGAGUCAAAAUCCGGGCGAGCACACCAACACCUGGCGCAUCACCAUCAACAACAAAAACACCUAUUUACCCCUCGAAGGCUUUUAUUCCUUCUUCAUUACCCUUCCCUUUAUGCUGGCGCUCAGCAUGUGCCUCAGCAAAUACUCGACUUACCUGGACAUCUUGCGUCGCGCUCGCCCCGAACGCUACCGCAAUCACGCCUACCUGCAGAAAAAGAUGCAACCUUACGUUGCCAUGCGCAAGAAGCAAGGCCAGGUUGCGGCAGCUCCGAACCCUCAAGUCAUGGCCACUAGCACCGACACCACCAUAUCCGUGCUCAAUUCAUGGACCACAAUUGAAGAGGAGGGGUACCGAAACGAGGAGGAUUCGGUGCAGGCCGAACCCGCGGCUGUUCAAACCAGCGCCGUGGCCAUCAACAUGCCCCAAUCGGAACCCGGAUCUGGGUCCACGCCCUCUGUCAUGUUGCAAUAUCUCGACGUGGACGGCCUCGAUGGUUCGCGAGUCGAAUCCAUCACGGCCCCCGAUUCCGCCCCUUCAGCCGCGGACAAGGAUGCGCGCACCGAUGCGCAGGUGGAGCUGUUGGAUCGAGACAUGCGACGCUACCGCUGGUACUCGUAUGCGCUGGCCAACACUCUGAUGCUGGCAGGCAUGGCACUGGCGCUCAUCUUCAUGGGCUCGACUAGUCAGGCGCUUCAGGAGCGAUAUUUGGUGGGCGUGAGCGAGUUUUUGAUUUGCACUGCCAUCAUCACCGCUCCCAUCGUAUUUCUGAUUGUGGCCAUGCACCAGCAAUAUCGCGCCCAGCGUCAGCGCGCUGGCAUGACAGAUCAGCAAUGGGCUGCCCACGUGGCCGCUAUUACUGCCGUGGCAAUGGCUGUUACAAUGACUGCCGAUAUGAUUCGGCGUGAAAUCACCCGUGCUCUCAAGGAGAACCUCAACUUUAGCUUUCUUUGA